CGGCUCCUCUCCUCUCCUCAUCAUAAAUCCGCAUCUGGAAUCUAGCCAGCCAGACACAACCAAUCCCAAUCCAAGAAAAAGCAGAGGGAGGAGCUUUGGGGAAGCAGAGGACGGACGAUGGGCACGCCGGUGGGAAUGGCGACUCUAGCGGCCCUGGCGCUGCUGCUGUGCGUCUCCAUGGACGGGUGCGCCGCCGCUGAGUACAAGGUGGGCGGUCUGGACGCGUGGGGGGUGCCGCCGUCCAGCAAGCCGGACGUGUACGUGCGGUGGGCCAAGUCCGUCCCCGUCAAGCUCGGCGACGCCCUCUUCUUCCUCUACCCGCCCAGCCAGGACAGCGCCGUGCAGGUCACCGCCAAGGCCUUCGCCGCCUGCCACGUCUCCGACCCGCUGCUCAAGCUGGAGGACGGCAACUCCGUCUUCAACCUCACCAAGCCCGGGCGGGCCUACUUCACCAGCGCCGCCCCGGGCCGCUGCCGCAAGGGCCAGAAGCUGUCGGUGGACGUGCCUGGCGCCGAUGGGAAGCUGCUCAAGCCGUCCGCGGACGACGAGGCCGCGCUCAAGGCGCUCUCUGCGCUGCCGCCUGCCGCUGCCCCGUCCGAGGCGCUCCCCUCGCUCUCGCCCGGCCCCGACGACGACGACGACUCGGCUGCCUCCUCCAUGGCCCUGCACCGGGCCGCCGGAUCCGCUCUGUCUCUCCUCGCCGCUCUCAUCCUCAUGUGGCUGUGAUUCACGUGAGAUGCUCUUCUUCUUCUUCCUCCCAUCCAUUCCGAUUUCUUGAUUUCUUUCUUUCUUUUUUGUCAGAUGAGAAACAUGAAUUGUACUCUAAUCUACUCUACUCUACUCCGGAGUAUUAAUUUAUUUGUUUGGAUUGGAUUAUAAGUAUAAUUGAUUGAUUGAUUGAUUGAUUGA